AUGCGGCGCCUCCAAGUGCGACGCGUUUUCUGCUGUCCUGACGCCGACAAUUUCUCAUGCGGAUCAAUUGUUUUUCCAUGCAGCCAAUGUACGUGCGAUUCCGACUGGGCCCUAGCUCCCGACUGCUCUCUCCGCAAAUGCCCCACGGGUGUGGCCUGGACGGAUAAGGCGAGGGCGGCGAACGCAGCACACGCGGUGGCCGAGUGCUCAAAUCGCGGCGUGUGCGACUACUCCAAGGGCGAGUGCACGUGCUUCAAUGGUUAUACUGGGGCUGCUUGUCAGCGACUUCGCUGCCCGUCGGACUGCUCUGGUCAUGGACUCUGUUAUUCUUCUGCUACAUUGGCGUCGCAGUACGGUCCGAGCUCGCUCGCUGGCGGCGGGCCGACGUACACUAACUGGGAGAAGGAGAGCAUGACGAGUUGUAUGUGCGAUAUGGGAUACACCGGGCCCGACUGCUCCCAGACCAUGUGCGCAAAGAACGAUGAUCCACUUACGACAGGCCAAGCGUAUCGAACUAUCAAGAUUCAAGUGGGUGCCGAUCCUACACCUGGUAUAGCUUUGGCGGGGUCUGUGCGGGUCCACUUUCUCGGAGAAGUUGCAGUUUUCAGUGCCGUUGUAGUCGCAGAUGCUGCCCAUGAAACUGCGUGUGCGCAAGCAUUUCAAAGCAUGCGCACCGUUUUGACUGCUACAUGCUCGAUUUCCAGUGUGGAUUCGGUAACAAAAGGGGCCAUCUAUACAGUGGCGUUCACGGAAUGGGUGCACUUGGGAGGGGAGAAUAACUUGCUGUAUCAUAAUGGGAACCCGCCGUUGUCCAGUUUUACGUGCGAUCUCAGCCAAGUUACGAGCGCGAACACCCCCACGUGUGUGAUCACCGAUGGCGUUGCGACCAACGUAAUAGAGCAUGUAUAUUGCUCCAACCGCGGUCUCUGUGAUUUCAGUACCGGCCAAUGCGUUUGCUACGCAGACUUUAAGGGAAUGGACUGCAAUCAGCCGUCUAACAUUCCUGACAGUAUCGACGACAAUGACGGGUUUAUCAUCAAUCCUCUCGGGCUCGCGUACACGGGUACAGUUCUGCAUCUGAAGACAGCGAAAGGGUCUCAAGCAGACUUCUACUUUAUGAAGAUUGAGUCGUCCACGUUGCCGAUUCUGACCAUGGACGGCAUGGGAGACACAAAACUGUUACAUGGUGAUCUUGAGCUGUCAACCGGCGCAUUGACGAUAACUACCAUCGCUCAGACGUCACCAGCUGCGGAUAUUGCGGACACUCACAUUACCUUCACAAGUACAGUGCUGAAAGUCCGUGCAAGCAGACUAUUGAGUACUAACUUCAAAUUGUUUGAAGCAAUGGUGGCGGAUACGAACACUGUUGUCGACAUUCGUGGAGAUGGCCUCACUACCAUUUAUACUGGUGGACUGAAUGUCGUGACGGGUGGAGCGACAAUUGCUAACACCGUGAAUGCUCCAAGUCUUACCGUCAUCAACUCGUUUGGUACAUUCAGCAAUUCACUCCUCAAGCUGUCGACUUCACGCGCUACGCUGUAUCCUGUGGCUACUGACUUCUUACUGAUCGAUGCCAGCGCGAAUAAUGUACCAGCGUUUACUGUGGAGGCUUCUGGGAGGACUACGAUCGCUAAUGGUGGGCUCAUUGUGAAUGGACUUGGAGGAGGGCAAAUUUCAAACUCAGAUACUGCAGCUUCUGCGCUCGUUGUGAGUGCCACGUCGACGAGUUUUGCCAGUGAUGCUGUGUCUAUAAAUACCUUUUCCGGGCUAACUCACAAUAUGCUGAAGGUCACGACUCAAGUCGCCCCUGCUGCCGCUGUGGAUCUGUUUACGAUUGAUAACACUGGGUUGACGACUAUUACUCAGGGCGGUCUGUAUAUUACUUCUGGGGGCGCUACCGUCAAUUCGGGCGGACUUCGUAUCGUAAAUGGAGGCGAAACUAUUGAGUUCGGAGGGCUACGAGUGAAGAAUGGAGGAGAAACUAUUGAAUUGGGCGGCCUAAAUGUUAUCAACGGUGGAGGCAAAAUUGCCACAACGUCAGCUACGACUGAUGUACUCACAGUUGAAGCAACUGCGACCACUUUCUCCAGUAACGCAAGAGUU